AUGGAAACAUUAACAAUUGGCAAAGUAGAAGAUCAAGUUAAAGAUAUCAAAAAAAAAAUUAAAAAAGAAAUUGAAAUAAAUUAUGAAGAAAGUUUUGAAUAGUAGUCUUUUACUAAUUACUUUUUAUCAUUAAAAAAACAUGCAUACAGUGAUUAUUUCUAAAAGUUAAAAUUGAAUAGAAUUAAAUUGGAUUAAUACAAAUUAAAAGAAGAAGAGGAUUUCUUAAACGAUUUAAUUGAAUGCUACGAAAUCUGGGGAAACAUGAGCUUAAUAGAAGAAUACAGAUAAAGCAGAGUAUUGCUUUACUUUUAAUUCUUAGACAGCUAUUUAGGGCAAGAGUCAAAAACUAAUUUAAUCAAAAAAUACGAAAUUUCUGAAUUCAAAUUUUUUGAUAAAUUUGAUGCAUUCUAUGUUGUGUUUUAUUCAGAUUUUAUCAGCAAACUAGAAGAUGAAGAUGAAAUAUAUUUUUAUUUUCUUUUUGCUUGCAUCUUGAAGUUAAUUAAAUAUAACUAUCUAGUAUUAAACUAAGAUCAAAAGCUAGCCAAACUGAUUGAAAAAAUUAAAAGUUUUAAAAAAUGGACUAAUGAAAAGUAUGAAGUUUCAGAUAAAUAUAUCAACAAAUAAUAGCUCCAGCUGUACAUCGAUUCAGCAUAAAGUGUUUUGAUUCUGGCAAUAUUACCAGAUUUAGUUAGGUUUUAUGAUAUUAAAGAGAUAAUACCCUACCAACCUACCAACAUAGAUAUAGGGUAUGCUUAGCAAAUCAUAAGAGGAAAAAGACUCUAUCUUAAAAAUCUUUAAGACAAAGAAAAAAAUCUUGCUUAUUGGAAAGGGUUAAUAGAGAAUAUAGAAAAUAUGAGAAAUGAAGAAGACAAAAUUAAAAAUGAAGAUCUACUUUUAAAAAAGAAAAAUGAAGGUUAUGAGGUAUAGAAGAUAGAGAUUUUUUGCCAGACAAUCUGCAGGAUAAACUUAUUAACUUUAUAAUAAAUUUAUAAAAGUGAAAGCUAAAUGAAAGAUAGUUCAAGCAAAGAAGAAUAACCACAACUUUAAGAUGAAAUUUAAAAAUUAAUAUAAUAAAUAUAUUGCUCUUUGUAUUAAAGUCUAUACAGAUAAAGAUAAUUUUACUAAACUCUUAGUUCUUUAUUGAUAGAUGGAAAUAGUAUCUUGAAUUACUUUAUUAAAUAAAUUAUAAAAAAUAAUACUUCUUCUGAAUCCUAAUAUCAAUCUCAUUUAUUUAAAAACUUGAUUCUCUCUUUCAAAUAGGAUUUCGAUAUCAAAAAUUUUAUUAACUUGAGAAAAGGAGCUAACAGAAAUCUUUCUUUAUAAUCUACAGAUCAGAUGUUUGAAAGUUUAAGAAAUGAAUUCUUGGCGGUACAUGAGAUAUUUAUUGAACUAUGUAAAAAUAAAUUUGAAAAUAAAAUAGAAACAGAUGAAAAAGAGCUAGAAAAGCUAACAAAUAUCAAAAAUGCAUUUGAAAAUAAAAUAGAAACAGAUGAAAAAGAGCUAGAAAAGCUAAAAAAUAUCAAAAAAGCAUUUGAAAAUAUAAUCUAAUACUAUGGUUUUCUUAACAGUAAAAAGUAUGAAGUUAUCAAAAUAAAUCUACAAAUGUACAUUAAAUUUGUAGAAUUAAUGAUUGAGUAGAAUACGCCACUGUAAACUUCAACAUAUUCAUAUUCUGACAAAAAAUUAAUAAGUGAAUCUUAGUUUAUAGUUAAUAAAGUAAAGCUUUAAGAAACUGUAGUAGCUUUGAAAGAAUCAAAAGAUGAUGGAGAAGGUAAUUUAGAAUAAUAAAUGAGAGAAAUUAGUAUUCUUUACAAUCUACCUAAAAAUGACCUCAUAAUUCAAUAUGUAGGACAUUAAAAACAUAACAAAUAAUUUUAGAUAUUUUUAGAAUAUUUUGAUGGCUAAACUCUAGAAAAAUAUUUAAAUGAUAGCUAAAAAUAAUAAGAUUAAAAGCCUAAAGAUUUGAAAUUGCAAUAACUUUAAAUUUCUAAAUAAAUUCUUUAAGCCAUUGACUAUUUGCAUGAGCACAAUAUUGUGCAUGGGGAUAUCAAACCUAGAAAUAUUUUAAUUAACUCAGAAAAAAAAAUUAAGAUAAUUGAUUUUAGUGAAUCAAGUUUUAUGGUUGAAGAAACACUAGGUCAAACUCCGCUCUAUGCUGCUAAGGAUAAGUUUAAAACUAGAUAAAUAGAUUAUUAUAGCUUAGGAAUAAUGUUUAAUAUAAUUUUUGGCUUUAAUAAAUUAAUAACUUCAAGUAAUUGUUAACAAGAAAGAGAAAAAUAUAAAGUGGAAAAUCAUGAAAAAUGUAUACCUAAAUCUGCUUCUAAUAUUGAUGAAUAUCAGUAUUCUUAAAUUCUGUUUUAUUAAAUACAAAGUCUACUGAAUGUAUAACCUUACUUAAGAUGUACUAUUAAAGAGCUAAUUUAUAUUAUUAACUUAGAGAUCGAUAUAAUUAAUAACAAUCUUACAGAAACUGAGCGUUAAGAAUGUGAAAAGAAAUAUUUUAAAAAAUAUGGUUAAAUAAUUUAAUAUAACAUUGAUGAUAAAAAUGAUAUUAUUUUAAAUCACUUAUAAGAAGUACUUGAUUUAGGUAAAUAAGAGAUAGGUAAUCCUGUAAGUUGCUCAGAAUAAUCAAACACUUCUUUAUAUAAUACUAUUAUAAAAGAUCAAAUGUUUGACAAUCUUACAAAAAAUAAAGAAAUAUCUUAUCUAGGUAAUUAAGUGAAUUCUAAUAGUUGCUCAGAAUAAUCAAAGACUUCUCAAAAUAAUACUAUAAUUAAACUUAAUAUAGGUAAAUAAGCGAUAGGUAAUCCUGAUAGUUGCUCAUAGUAAUCAAAGACUUCUCAAAAUAAUACUGUUAAUAAAGAUCAAAUGUUUGACAAUCUUACAAAAAAUAAAGAAAUACUUGAUUUAGGUAAUUAAGUGAACCCUGAUAGUUGCUCAGAAUAAUCAAAGACUUCUCAAAAUAAUACUAUAAAUAAAGAUGGAAUAAUUGAUGAUUUUACUAAGAAUAAAGAAAUAAUUGAUUUAGGUAAUUAAGUGAUCGGUCCUGAUAGUUGCUUAGAAUAAUCAAAGACCUCUCAAAAUAAUACUAUAAUUAGAGAUCAAAUAUUUGACGGUUUUAAAAAAAAUUAAACUGAGAAUGAAUUUUUCGAUGAAGAUAAAACGAUUAAAAAAGGAAUCAAAAAUCAAGAUAAUCAAAUUUAAUUAACAAAAAGCUUAUUAGGCUAAGAUAAACAAAAUUUAGAGUAGAAAUCUGACAAUAACAAUUUAUAAUUAAAAAAUAAUAUUCCAGAUUAAGAAAACUAAAGUAGCUCAUAAAAUUGCAAAAGUGAAAGUUUAGAAAGUUACUUUAUUGACCAGCUAGAUAAAAUGGAAUAUGAGAUGGUUUUAGUUAAAUAUUUAAAAAAUCCAACGAUGCUACCUAUAAUAAUAGCAAUUUUAAAUAAACAAAUUACUAAAGACCAUAAAAGACUGUUGAAAUGUUAUUUUUUAUGA